GGCUACACUAGAGGAAAGCACACCCAGGCCUCACAUUAAAGAAGCCAAGCUGUCUGCUUCAAAGAGAAAAGGCAACAUCCUGUCACAGACCAUGCUCUGGCAAAAACCUCCAGCUACAGAACAAGCCCCAGCGCCACCCCGGCCAUACCAGGGUGUCCGAGUGAAGGAGCCGGUGAAGGAGCUGCUGAGGAGGAAGCGUGGACACGCCAGCAGUGGAGCAGCAGUCACACCUACCGCGGUGGUGCUGCCUCACCAACCCCUGGCGACUUACACCACAGUGGGUCCUUCCUGCCUUGACAUGGAGGUCUCUGCUUCUGCAGUCACCGAGGAGGGUGCCCUGUGUGCAGGCUGGCUCUCCCAGCCGGCCCCCGCCACACUCCAGCCUCUGACCCCAUGGACGCCCUACACAGAGUAUGUGUCACACGAAGCUGUCAGCUGCCCCUACUCGGCUGACAUGUAUGUGCAGCCCAUGUGUCCCAGCUACACAGUUGUGGGACCCUCUUCGGUGCUGACCUAUGCCUCCCAGCCACUCAUCACCAAUGUCACGACAAGAAGUGCUGCCACCCCGACGGCGGGGCCCCAGCUGGAGAGCCCAGAGCACCAGGCACCCCUCACCUAUUUCCCGUGGCCUCAGCCCAUUUCCACGCUGCCCACCUCCACCCUGCAGUACCAGCCUCCAGCUCCAGCCCUGCCGGGGCCACAGUUUGUCCAGCUUCCCUUCUCUAUCCAGGAGCCAGUCAUGCAGGACAUGGAAGAUCCCCGGAGAGCCGUCAGCUCCAUGACUAUCGACAAGCUACUUUUGGAGGAAGAGGAUAGUGAGGCCUACCCGCUCAACCACACUCUCUCAGUGGAAGGAUUUUAGGCUGCCUCUCUCCGGGGGCGCUUCUCUGAAACUGGGAUUUCCAAAUAAGCCUGGAAUUGAGCC